AUGGUCUCGAUCACCGCAGAAUACAUCAGCGUCGGCGGGAACAGACACCCCGCCGCCGCAGACUGGGAUAUUCAGUCGGGCAUCCUCGCCUACGGUGCGGAUAACAAUGUCGCCCUGUGGGAUCCUCUUGAUGAAACACAGCGCGGAGUCUAUGCGGUGCUCGUGGGCCACUCUGAAAAGGUCAGCGUCGUCCGAUUCUACACGUGUCCUACCACGGGGACGAAGCUUCUCCUGACUGGGUCUGUCGACUGUACUGUCCGGAUAUGGCGAGCCGAACCAACCGACUCACGGCGAUUCACCCAGGCGGUUACGCUGACGGGGCACACGGGUUCAAUUAAUGCGAUCGCGACGGCCGAGGGGUUAGACAUUAUUGCCUCAGGGGCCGCGGAUGGAACGGUCAAGAUAUGGAGGAUUGAAGUCGGGGAGGCUUUAAAUGGUGAGCUAUUGGAGAAUCUACCCAUGAAGCCGCGUUAUUACUUCCCAUUGGCAUUGGCAUUGGCGCCGCUUCCGACAGACAACACGCAAGACAGGCCCGUGGCGUUGGCAGUUGCUGGCACGACCAACAUUGUGCAGAUUUACGCCGCAGAGAACACGGUGGAGACGCCGAACUUUAGAGUAUCAGCAACACUCUCUGGUCAUGAGGCAUGGGUACGGUCCCUCUCUUUUACGGCGGAUAUGCAAAGCAAAACCGGGGAUCUCCUGCUCGCCUCUGCCAGCCAGGACAAAUAUGUUCGACUCUGGAGACUUAAUCGAGGAGAGGCAUCUUCAUCCAUAUCGGUGCCAGCUGAUGAUGGCGACGACGAGGAGGUGCCCGUUCUGGGUGGACUUGUUGAACCGACAUUGUCCAACAAGGCCCAUCAAUUCGAGACAGCGGGCGCCAAGUACUCCAUGACCUUUGAAGCUCUCCUAUUCGGAAAUGAGGAUUGGAUCUAUACCACCGCUUGGAACCCGAACCCUGAACGCCAGCAGCUUCUCACAGCGUCUGCGGACAAUACUCUUACCAUCUGGGAACAGGACCCAGUCUCUGGGGUGUGGCUUUCCGUGGAGAGAAUGGGGGAGAUAAGUGUGCAAAAGGGCUCCACUACAGCUACGGGGAGUACCGGUGGGUUCUGGAUCGGCCUCUGGGCGCCAGAUGGAGAACAAGUUGUAAGCCUUGGGCGCACGGGUAGUUGGAGGUCAUGGAGACACGAGGCGGAGUCUGAUAUCUGGGUCCAGACCAUGGGAAUUACUGGACAUGUGCGAUCUGCCAAUGGAAUCCGAUGGGAGCCUUCGGGAGGAUACCUGUUAUCGACCAGCGCGGACCAGACAACCCGACUUCAUGCACAGUGGCUGCGGGAAGACGGGCAACAAAAAAAGACGUCGUGGCACGAAUUCUCACGCCCGCAGAUCCACGGUUAUGAUCUCAACUGCGUUGAUACACUAGGACCCGGACGGUUCGUGUCAGGUGCCGAAGAGAAGCUUUUACGAGUGUUCAACGAACCCAAGCCUAUCGCUCAACUGCUUGAGAGGCUCUCCGGGCUUACGCAAUCCACAGAGGGCGAACUCCCAGACACAGCGCAAAUCCCGGUCCUAGGCCUAUCCAAUCAAGCCGUUGGGGAAGACGUCCCUGUAGGAGAUGGUGAUACCCCCGAGGCCGAGAGCGCCGGACAAGCGCAGGCAAAUCAAGCGAUACUCUCCAACUCCACACGGCCCCCUCUCGAGGACCAGCUGGCUCGCUAUACCUUGUGGCCAGAACACGAGAAGCUGUAUGGCCAUGGAUACGAAAUAUCCGCCGUCGCGGUAAGUGGCGAUCGCACGCUCAUCGCAACGGCGUGCAAGGCCAGCUCGAUCGACCAUGCAGUGGUGCGUUUGUACGACACAUCAGAUUGGCACGAAGUCCGCCCGUCACUUGCAGCGCAUACGUUGACCAUCACAAGUCUCUCAUUUUCAGCCGACGACCGAUACUUGCUCAGUGUUGGCCGUGACCGGCAAUGGGCCGUUUACCGUCGGACUCAAGAAGAGCCUUCUGUGUUUAAGCUCAUGACGUCGAACCCCAGAGGUCACUCGCGCAUGAUCCUCGAUGCGGACUGGGCACCUGCGUCAGACUCACAGCAAAAAAGUCAGAUUUUCGCAACUGCCGGUCGAGACAAGUCGAUCAAGCUGUGGCAGUUGACCGGGGAGUCAAUUGAGUGCAAGGCUGCCAUACCCGCAAGAAGCUCAGUCACGGCUGUCAAGUUCCUGCCCCACGCAUAUAAUGGUGUCCUCUUCCUGGCAACGGGCGAGGAUGAUGGAAAGCUGUCAAUUCAUCAAAUCAAGAUGGACGGUGUAGAGCCGAGCCCGCUAGUGAGCUUUGACAGAGCCGAAUCACCAUCAAAGACGAUUACUGAACUAUCAUGGCGCCCUUUUUCGCGAGUCAAUGGCGAGGCGGAAGGAGCCGGGUUGUCAUUUGAGCUCGCUGUGGCCAGUGAGGACACUUCGAUACGUAUAUACAGCAUCGCAGGGGUGGUAUCGGAACCAUAA